CUGUUUCGCGUAUUUUAUCCAAAUCCGGAUCCAAACGAUCAAAAACCUGAAUUUCCUCGAAUCGAAUUCUACGGCAUUCCACCAACGCUAGAGGAACUAAGUAGUCAGAUCAAGAGGAAGUCGUCUAAAUCUGCACCGGGACCCGAUGGUAUCCCAUAUAUAGUCUUUAAAAAAUGUCCAUCGGUUCGUAAACACCUCCUAAAUAUAUACGGUAAAAUCUGGUCAGGGAAGCAAAUCCCGGAGUGCUUCGGGAAAGCAAUUUUUGUCCUCAUUCCCAAAAAAGAUAUAGUUACUGAUCCGAAAGAUACUAGACCGAUAGCUUUAACAAAUACUAUAUCGAAAAUCUUUUUCUCGGUUCUACAAACGAGAAUGACGCGAUUCAUGCUCAGCAACAACUAUUUUAGGCCAAAUCACCAGAAAGGGUUUUUACCCGGGAUUUCUGGAUGCCUAGAACACAACACCUUGCUUUCGGAGAGUUUGAAAGAUGCUAGAAAAAGCGAGCGGCAAAUCACUGUUUGUUGGAUAGACUUGGAGAACGCGUUCGGGUCGAUACAACACGAAUUGAUGCUAUUCGCGCUUAGAUGGUACAACUUUCCACCCCUAGUUAGAGAUAUGAUCGCGUCGUAUUACUCAAAAUUAAGGUUUUCUAUAAUAACUAAAGAAGGCCCUUCAAAAAGUUUGAGCUAUAAUGUAGGACUGUUUCAAGCCUUCGCUGACGAUCUCGCAAUACUGACACGUAACCCCAAACACUGUCAAGUACUAUUGGAUGAAGUGGAUAAAUUCUGUGAAUGGACGGAUGGAUUGAGGACAAAACCCAGUAAAUGUCAUUGUCUGUGUCUUGGUAGGCGGAAUACAAGAUACACCUCAUACGAUCCGGGACUAUCGUCGUUAGGCGGUCAAUGCAUUUCUACGGUUACGGAAAAUGCACCAUUUAAAUUUCUCGGUCGUAAGAUUGAUAAUAUAGGCUGUACUCCAUCUUUAGAAGGAAUAGUAGAUAGCUUCUUGAACGAUCUUAACAAGUUAGAUGCAGGCGUCAUAAAGAUGUUGAAGUUGUGGCUCGGGCUCGCUCUAACAGCUGAUUCAUCGGCGUUAUUUAGGGGAAGCAAUAGUUUUGGGAUGAGUCUAAAAAGGCCAUCGGAGCUUUAUAAACACCUAAGAGUUUCCAAGAGAUAUAUCCUGGGGAAAUCCCAUGAUGACAUAGUGACAUCGCUCCCAAAAGAUGAAGAUGCCCCCGAGCUAGAGUCACGACUUCAAUUCAAUUCCAUAAGCAAUUUAUGA